ACGGCGCUGACAGCAUGUGCCUCGCGCUGCCACCGCGCAAACUUUCAGAACGUGCCAUUGCUCGUGCAUUAACUAAAGUAGCAUUUUAAAUGUUUGUCAUGUCUCUGCAUAAUGUGUUAAAUGGUAAUUAGUGCUUUUAUUUUGUACCCGGACUGAAAAUUUCGUGGAAGCAGACGGUUAAGAAAACGCUUUAUUUUAGCACAGUGAUUAAGUCUGCGGAAGUGGAGAAAAUUGCAAAUAAUCGGUGUAAGAUGAAAUGACGCAAGUAUGCAAACGCGACUGCACACUCGAAGUCAGUGCAAAUAAACAAUGCUACGGAUAGUGAAGAUCACGUGACGCCAUGUGCAAAGGCGUGGCAUGGGAGACGGAGUCGCUCAUGGGCGUCCCGAAGCCUUCGGCAUGGGGCGGCUUAUGCCCGCGCGCGGCGCUGGCCCAUAUCGGGCUGCUGGUGGCGCUUAUGCUGUAUACCGCCGGUGGGGGCUUGGUGUUCCAAGCAUUAGAGCGUCCCGCAGAGAUAGCCAAGCUGGAGUCUCACAGAAUGUGGGUCGAUCAGGCGCGAGACGCGCUCAUACAGUUCGUGUCAGACCCUGGGAGAAAUGGGACGGAAAUAAGUUUUCAGCUAGCACUUUACGAAAGAGUUCUAGAAAAAGCAGCUUCAAAUGGUUUGAAAAUAGAUAAAGAGAAUAAUUUCCCAGCCGCCGAGGAGAAGUGGAGUAUUCUGCAGGCCGUGUUCUUCUCGUCCACCGUGCUCACCACUAUAGGGUACGGCAAUAUAGUUCCUGUGACAUUUUGGGGACGAUUAUUCUGCAUAUUUUAUGCACUUAUUGGAAUACCCCUGACAUUGACGGUUAUCGCAGACUUGGGCAGAGUAUUUGCUACCGUUGUUUCUGUUAUUGCCAAGCAGUUGCCUGCCAUGCCAAGAUGCUGCAAUAAAGUAUCUGAAGCCAACACAGCAAGCCAGAGAUCGCUGUAUGCUUUCUGGGCGGUGGGCUUUUUGUUCGUAUACUUGUCGGCGGGAGCUGGCCUCUUCAAGAUGUGGGAAGACGACUGGACUUUCUACGACGGCUUUUACUUCUGCUUUAUAACAAUGACCACGAUCGGCUUCGGUGAUCUUGUACCAAACAAGCCGAAGUACAUGUUGCUGUGUACGCUGUACAUCUUGAUCGGGCUGGCGCUGACGUCGACUAUCAUCGAGCUGGUGCGGCGGCAGUACGCGCGCUCCUGGCAGCAGCUGCGCGCGCUGUCCGGCCCGCUGGCGGACACGCUCCGCAGGCUCGGCGACGCUGGCCGGGGAGUUGAUGUGUCGGCGCUGCAGAAGGUGCUCACGGUGGUAACGAUGCCUCGGUUCAACGGCAAGGAGGGGCUCUCGGACAAGCGGCAGCUGGAGUGGGAGGCGGCGGUCGAGGCCGUCAUCAGGGACAUCACCGCGCCGAUGACCCAUCAGAAGAAGUCCCCAAUUGUUCAGAUCGUCAUAUAUGAGUCCUCUGUUUAGUUCGGUUUACUCAAUUAUUUGACCAUGAGGCGGAAU